GGCGCUGUAUUCGCCGCCUACAUGUAACGUUCGUGAAGCGAACUCGGCCAUUUCUUUAUUGUAUUUCGGCGUGGUCGGUACCUCUGAGUAGUAGGUAACGACCGUGCAAAAUGGUGAACGGAAGGAUACCCUCAGUUUUCUCGAAAACUUACGUUACUCCUAGGCGACCUUAUGAAAAGGCUCGUUUAGAUCAAGAGUUACGAAUUAUCGGUGAAUAUGGUCUUCGUAACAAGCGUGAAGUAUGGAGAGUAAAAUACACAUUGGCAAAUAUCCGAAAAGCCGCUCGUGAACUUCUUACUUUGGAAGAGAAAGAUCCUAAACGUCUGUUUGAAGGAAAUGCACUUUUACGUCGUUUGGUAAGAAUCGGCGUAUUAGACGAGAGCCGCAUGAAACUCGAUUAUGUCCUUGGUUUGAAAAUUGAAGAUUUCUUGGAAAGACGACUUCAGACUCAAGUAUUCAAAUUGGGACUUGCCAAAUCUAUUCAUCAUGCUCGAGUACUCAUUCGUCAACGGCAUAUACGAGUUCGCAAGCAAGUUGUGAACAUUCCAUCUUUCAUCGUGCGAUUGGACUCGCAGAAGCACAUUGACUUCUCACUGAAGUCGCCAUUCGGCGGUGGCAGACCUGGUCGUGUAAAGAGGAAGAACUUGCGCAAGGGAAGUGGUGGAGCUGCGCCAGAGGAAGAAGAAGAUUAGACAGUUUUUUGUAUAUUAUACUUUAAUAAAAGUAUGCAUUGACUGUUCGAAAACAGUAUUGUAAUAUUA